AUGUCGCAAGAUACAGGAUUGUUCAGCAUCAAACGUCCCCGCGAGACAUUGGGGAGCGUUCAAAAUUUCUCAUCACUACCACAGCCGUCGUCAGCCCUAAAGCGCACCAGCUCAAUUGGAUACCAAAACCCACCGUUCACUUCCCAACACACGCGCUCCAUGUCAUUAUUAAACUCAGUUGGUCGCCCGCAACAACCAAACUUUCAGCGAUCGUCUUCGGGGGGGUUUGGCGCGGAUCCCGGUCUUUCAUCUGUCAGGCGCUCUGUCUCAAGCAAUGUCUUUCAUGGAACUAGCGCUGGACGGCCUAGUUUUGCCCCAGGCUCAAUGUCAUCCAACCCGGCGUCUCAGAGCUUACAGAGGCGAAGUAGUGUGUUUUCACGGCCUUCCACGGGUGGCGCCAUGGGCCAUCAGUCAUUUUUCACACAAGUUCCUUCAGCCGCUGGAGUUCCUAGAGAUCCACGACCUCUCCGAGACAGAUCUUUCCAGGCACGCAUUGCGCAGGAACUGCUUGAGUAUUUAACUCAUAAUAAUUUUGAGCUUGAAAUGAAGCAUUCACUUGGCCAAAAUACUCUUCGAUCGCCAACUCAAAAGGAUUUCAAUUACAUCUUCCAAUGGCUGUACCAUCGAAUCGACCCGGGUUACCGGUUCCAAAAGGCAAUGGAUGCGGAGGUCCCACCAAUUCUAAAACAGCUGCGCUAUCCAUACGAAAAGGGUAUCACGAAAUCGCAGAUAGCGGCUGUUGGAGGUCAGAAUUGGCCUACAUUUUUAGGGAUGCUCCAUUGGUUGAUGGAACUAGCACAAAUGAUGGAUCGAUUCGCCAUGGGAGAAUAUGAUGAAGCCUGCGCGGAGAUGGGAGUGGACGUCUCGGGAGAUCGAAUCAUCUUCCGGUUCCUCACAGGCGCCUACCAUGAUUGGCUACAAGGGGGAGAGGAAGAGGAUGACGAUGCUGCUGCGCAAAGGUUGAUACCCCACAUUGAACUUAUGGCUCAGGAGUUUGAGAAAGGCAAUGAGAAGUACGUUCAGGAAAUGCAGGUUUUGGAUGCCGAAAACAGGGCACUACGCGAUCAAAUUGAGGAGCUGGAGAAGAACGCCCCGGAUAUGGCUAAGCUUGACAAGCAGUUCAGAAUUCUCGAGGACGACAAGAGGAAAUUCGAAGACUAUAUUCAGAACGUGCAGGGCAAGAUCGAGAAGUAUGAGAGUCGGAUUGCUUUCCUGGAGGACGAGAUCAGAAAGACAGAGUCGGAGCUGCAAGCCGCAGAAGAAGAACGGGCGGGACUUCAAGCUAGCGUCGAUCAACAAGGCCUAACCAUUCAAGAUAUCGACCGCAUGAACACUGAACGUGACCGGCUUCAGAGGAGUCUUGAUGAUGCCGUCAGUCGUCUGGAAGAGACACAUGCGCGUGUGAUGGCCAAAGAGUCCGAAGCCAGCGCGAAGCUCGAGGAUUUAGAGGAACUCGUCAAGACCUACAAUACGCUGGGAUACCAGAACAGUCUCAUCCCGUCAACUGCCGUCAAUGCGAACGGACAAGAAUAUGAGCUGGGCCUAAAUGUGAACGAGCGUAGUUUCUCCACAUCGCAGAUUGGUGGCAUUCCUAGCAGGAUCUCUCCAGAAGCAGAUAGGCUUCUAGCCGAGCCUUUCACUGGCUAUCAUCCAGCACAUCUGUUGAACUUGGACCUUCGAGGUAUUGUUCGCAGUAAUCUCCAGGCACUCCGCAAGGAGAUAAACGAGCGGAGAAAGCGUGGUAUUGACGCGGAUCUGGAAAGACGGAACCUGUUGGACAACAUUAAAGAGGCCAUGGAUGAGAAACGGAGUGAAGUCGAGGCCCUGGAACAUAAGCGACGCACAGCGGAGGAAGAAUUUGAGAGGCUCAAAGAGGUGACAACUACCCAGAAACUCGCCUCAGAUGCACAGAUUGAGAAAAUGGAGAAGGAGCUGGCAAAGAUGCGAGCCACGAUGAGUGAGAGCGUUCAGCUGAUGGAGCAGCGCGAAAUGAACACUAACAUCGAGUAUGAACAACUCACACUACGGGCAAAUGCACUCCGGGAGGAACUACAUACCAACGUCGAGAGUAUGUUGAAUGACGUUAUCCGGUUUAAGGUCCAUAUACAAAAAGGUCUAGAAGACUACGAGAACUUUGUGGUGGAUGAAGUAGAACAAGAGUUGGGUGGCGACACGCAAUUGGACGAGGAUGCCCCAAUGUCAACCGAGGAACUCUGA